AUGGGAUCAGUGCAGAUCGAGGCGUACGAUGUCCUCAUCAUCGGUGCCGGUUUAUCGGGUGUUUGUAGUCUCUACCACCUGCGCAAACGGUUCCCAUCGUGGAAUAUCAAGGUGAUUGAGGCUGCUGAUUCUGUUGGUGGAACCUGGUACUGGAACAGAUAUCCAGGUGCCCGAGUGGACUCUGAGUCGCUAUCUUAUGCUUUCUCCUUCGAUAAGGAGCUAAUGAAUGAGUGGCACUGGAAAGAGUCUUUUGCACCGCAGUCGGAGAUUCUGCGAUAUGUUGAGCGAAUUGCCGAGAAACAUGACUUGGCCAAGAAUAUCCAGUUCAACACCCGUAUCAAGUCUGCCCGGUGGCAAGACAACGCCCACACAUGGCUCUUCACAGAUGAAGCCGACAAGCAAUACCAGUCACGAUUCUUGGUUAGUUGUAUGGGCUUCUUGUCAUCGCCAACUUUGCCAGCUAUCCCUGGUAUCGAGUCCUUCCAAGGGCAAGCUUUCCACACUUCCCGUUGGCCCGAAAAUUUCGAUCUCAGCCAUGAUUUUGCCAAUAAGCGGAUUGGGGUCAUCGGCACCGGAGCAACCGGAAUCCAGACAAUUACUGCUGUCGCGAAGGAGCCCAGCGUCAAGUUAUUGACUGUCUUCCAGCGCACGGCAAACUGGUCAGCACCUCUACGCAACGAACCGAUCAGCCUGGACCAAAUGCAGAAGCACUGGGAAAAUUACGACGAGCUUUUCAAAUUCUGCAACGAGACACCAGCCUGCUUCAUGCACCAAGCCGACCCACGCAAGUCCUUGGAGAUAUCUCCAGAGGAGCGACUCGCUCUUUGGGAAGAGAUCUACGCAAAGCCUGGUUUCGCAAAGUGGCUCGGUACUUUCAGUGACACAUAUACCAACCGCAAGGCUAAUAAGCUAUACUCUGACUUCAUCGCGGACAAGAUUCGGGCUCGCGUGAAUGACCCGAAGGUGGCGGAGAGUCUAAUCCCUAAGAGCCAUGGCUUCGGUACGCGGCGAGUACCUCUUGAGAGUGGUUACUUCGAGGUGUACAACCAGCCGAAUGUUCACCUGGUGGAUCUUCAACAAACGCCGAUAGCGAAAAUUACAGAGACUGGAAUAGAGACGUCGGAUGGCAACAAGCAUGAACUUGACGUUCUGAUCUACGCCACCGGCUUCGAUGCCAUCACAGGUGCCUUUAGUGCAAUUGAAUGGCACGCCAAGGAUGGCCGCCCUCUUCUUGGUAGCAGUGACUCAAAGGACGGCGAACAAGCAAUCUGGAUUGAUCACAGGCCACAGACGUUCCUAGGUAUAACGGCACGCUCAAUGCCCAAUAUGUUCAUGGUUCUCGGGCCCCACCAGCCAUUUGGCAACGCUCCACGCACCAUUGAGCAUGCAGUGCAAGUUGUUUCCGAUCUACUCCAAUACUGCAGGGACAAUGACUACUCUUAUGUGGAACCGACUCCAGAGGCAGUGGAGGGCUGGACAGAGCAUGUGAUUGAGUGUAGCAAGGGUCAUCUAGCGAACGAAAUUGAUAGUUGGAUGACUGGUGUGAACAAGAAUAUCAAGGGCAAGACUGUUCGCAGUGUGGCACGGUAUUCUGGGCAUGCGGUGGAGUAUCGUCAGAAAUGUGCUGAGUGUAAAGCGGCUGGAUGGAAGGGACUGGUUUUUGCAUGA